AGAGAAGAGAAAUAGACUGCUGGCAACUUUGUGAAACCAGAUCAAAUCAGCGGCGUUCUAUUGUAUCUUCUGACAAUUUUCGAAAAUUUUUCAAGACACUGCUUAAUAUAAUUCUCUUAAAAAUGAAUGGUUUAGUAAAAACUGCGCAGAGGGUAGUUACGAGCUACGUCAAGAACACAAGCCUAACAGGUGCAUUAGUGUCGCUCACCCAAUCACCUGUAAAACGUGAUUUCACCAGGGGAAUAUGGCACAUGAGCUGCUCAAAGAGGUUAGAUGGGAUAUCAGCUUCCUCCACGCUCCUGCACAACCACUCCAACACAUGCGGCUGUGGCUGCGGUCUUAAGGCCAUGCACACUAAAGAGCCGGAGGUCGUCGACCAAUCCAUGAAACCUAAACCUCUUGGCGAGAGGGAGCUAGUAGAAUUCCUGACUGAGGAGAUAGUAGCAGAGCGCAAGGCACAGAAGGUGAAGGUGCUGCCUAAAGAGCUGCUGGGAUUCGUGAUCGCCGGGGAUGGUGCUGAGGUUGUCCUCACCAAGGAACUAAAAGAUGAGACCAUCAGGAUCACCUUCAACGUGAACCACACAGUGGACUCCGACGAGCUGGAGGGUGAGAGCCAGCCGGAGAAGCAGGAGUUCGCGGAGAUGCGCUCGCGGCCGCAGUUCGAGGUGGACCUCGUGCGCGGCGACACCACGCUCGGCUUCACCUGCUCCUACCUGCAGGAGCCACCCACUGCGGGAUCCGAUGAGUACAACGACAUCUUCGGUAUUGAUGAGCUGACAAUCUACAAAGGAGACUGGAAUGACAAGGUGUACGCCGUUGCCGGCGACGUGCUUGACGGGUACUUGUACGACCUGCUGAUGAACCUGCUCGAAGAGAAAGGCGUCAGCAACGACUUCGUACAAAAGUUAUCGGACUUCAGCACCGCUUACGAGCACUCCGCCUACAUCAACCUCCUCGAAUCUGUCUCCCAGUUCACAAUCGGCAAGAAGUAGGCCCCGUCCGGCAAUCUCAGGAACCGAAUUGUUACUUGUUACCAUCAAAAAAAUGUUUGUCCAAAUAAAAAUGGAAAGAACCCCACAUACUCAAACGAAACACAAUUUUAUGUUCUCAAAUCUAUUUGUCACUGAAAACGCUGAAUACUGUGACAGAGACACAAAGACGUGAACUUAAAAUUGUGCUGCGUUUAUUUAUGCGGUCAGUAAACAUAGAAAA